AUGUCUACAACUGAAGCCGCUCAGGCGGUGGCGCCUGCCGCGACCAAACAACAGGGCAUGCGUGUCAACGGCAAGCACUGGCUGCCGCCCAAGGCAGCGUUCCGCCCCACUGGCGGCCUCACCUCGUUCGAGAAGCGCCGACAGGAGCGCGAGGCAAUGAAGGCAACAAAGGCGAAGGAGAAGGAGAUGAAGGACGAGAAGGAGGCUCUGCGCCAGCAAAAGGUUCAGGCAAUCAAGGACAAGCGGGCAGCCAAGGAGGAGAAGGAGCGGUACGAGAAGAUGGCGGAGAAGAUGCACAAGAAGCGUGUCGAGAGGUUGAAGAGGAAGGAGAAGAGGAACAAGCUCAUCAACUCGUGA